CAUCUAUAUGUUUAACCCAGUGCGCACUAUUGCUAAUUUUUUUGUGGCGAGGAGUCCUACGAUUGCUGCCCAGAAAACCAACGCUUCGCUCCAGCUGUGAACGGGGAAUGAAAACACCAAGAUGGUCCGCAUCGCCAAAGCCCUGGGAUUGGUUAUUCUAUGCGUCGCAGUGCUCAUUCUCUCCCUCAUCAGUUAUGUAUCGCUAAGAAAAGACAACCUAUUCACAUCCUCCAAAUACUACAUGGGAGGACCAAGGAUUAUGUUUCAUGCAGGAUUUAGAUCUCAGUUUGCCAUGAAUUUUCUGGAUCCUUCCUUUAUUCCGCUGACAACGGCCCUUAACGAAGAACUACAGGGCAAACCAUACAAGUGGAAGUUCAACAAGACCGCUUUCUAUCAGCAAAGGAAAGACAUAUUUAAUUAUAUUGACAUUUCCAGCAACUUCAGCCUGACAAAGGACAGUGUGCGUGUGGGCCAGCUAAUGCACUUUGACUAUUCCAGCCACAAGUAUGUCUUCUCCAUAAGCAACAACUUCAAAUCUCUACUUCCAGACACAUCCCCUAUACUUAACAAGCACUACAGCGUAUGCUCCGUGGUGGGGAACAGUGGUAUCUUGACGGAUAGUCACUGUGGACCAGAAAUUGAUCAGGCUGAUUUUGUUUUCCGCUGCAACUUUGCCCCAACUGAGGUUUACUCCAAAGAUGUGGGCAAAAAGACAAACCUAACUACCUUUAACCCCAGCAUCCUGGAGAGGUACUACAACAACCUGCUGACCAUCCAGGACAGAAAUAAUUUUUUCUUAAACCUGAAGAAAUUGGAAGGAGCCAUUCUGUGGAUACCAGCCUUCUUUCUUCAUACCUCAGCCACUGUAACAAGGACCCUGGUGGAUUUUUUUGUGGAGCAUAAAGGGCAGCUGAAGGUGGAAUUGGCAUGGCCAGGAAAUAUCAUGCAUGAUGUAAAUAAGUAUUGGAGGACAAAAAACCUAUCACCCAAGCGACUCAGCACAGGAAUUCUCAUGUAUACUCUGGCCUCCGCCAUGUGUGAUGAGAUCCACCUUUAUGGCUUCUGGCCUUUUGGCUGGGACCCCAACACUGGAAAGGACCUGCCGUAUCACUAUUAUGACAGAAAAGGGACCAAAUUUACCACCAAGUGGCAGGAGACCCAUCAGCUGCCCAAUGAGUUCAAGCUGCUCUACAAGCUCCAUAGAGAAGGUGCAAUCAAACUGAGUUUGACGCACUGCUCCUAG